AUGGACCAAGAUAUUCGAACCAAAUACCAGCUCACUGGUCCCGAUGCUGCCAUCGUGGCACAGAUUCUCGAGUGUCGCCAUCAACAGGUGAAGGGCACUGGCCAGCCAGGCUUCGAUUGUCUGAUCGUCGUCAUUCGACGCAUUUACAGUCAUGUCAUGCUUGCGCUUGGCGGGUGUCCUGACUGGUUGAAGGCUUCAGAGGAUCGGAACCCUAUUCUGCGACUGGCUUGGCGCUUGUUCGAAGAUGGUACAGAACGUCAGGACCUUGCCGCCCGGGCCGCAGUUCUAGCUGAACUCGAUUCCAAAGGGCUUCCUGUUCGCAUUGGCUUUGAGCAGCUCUGUACCUCUUCGCUAAUGAACGAGACCUUGUGGUCGCAGGAUGAGUUACGGCUUACCGAUAUUCUCUACUGCAUGGAAUCCCGUGAGGAAGCUGAAGGCUCACGAGACGAUAUUGCGAGUGAUAGUCUACUUGAUCUCGACCACGUCGUGAGCCCCGGUUCAAUCCUGCAAGAGGUUGUCAACGCUUCCUUUGGUCCAGUGACCAAAGGGGAUAAGCAGGUCAUGUCAAGACCAAACUCUCCGUGGAUCGUUCGGGUACUUUACCAACCUGAUCGUGAUACGUCACAGAGUCUUGACAUCAAUGGCCUUCGAAGUAUUCUUCUACCCAUCUGGGAUCGUGACGUGGAUCAACCAGACGACACCUUCCGGACGGUUGGGUACAAUGAAUACUCUAUUCUUGCUGUUGUCCGUCUUAAGCGCGGUGACACUUCACAAGAGUAUGUUCGCACCUACAAAGAACACGGUGCUAACAUUGUCUCACAACGAGAGCCUGAUUCCUUCGUGAACAACCAGUGGUCCAUCAAGGAGCCAGGCAGGUAUAUGCUCUUCUAUGGUUUGAAGACUCUGGACUAUGGCGGUGAUCCGACAAGCUUCCCUGAAGUGGAGGAACCCCCGAUCUCCGAGUCCAACAAUCAACUGCUUCAGGAUGUUGGAAUGUUCUUGAAAAGUUUCGACUCUACAAAGAAACAGCAGACAGUCCCAUCAUCCAAAGAAAGCUCAAAGGCCACCCCUAAGAGACAGUCUCCUGCUCCAGAAGCAUCGGAGGCCGUAGGCAACACUCGCGAGGGUCCUUCAGACUCUCCCGACCUAGGAACCGGAGGACCUGAUCCUGAUACGGUCACUGAAGAGACUCCUUCGGGCUCGAAUCCGCGGAAACGAGCCCCCCAGAUAUCUGAGGAGGAGUUGCUCAGAAGGGAAGGCCCCAAGCCCUACUUUUCUCGAAAGGGCCGGGGUAACCGAAGUGAUCGAGGUCGUCAGAAUAACGCAAGGUCUGGCGGCCGCCAGGGCCAGGGAAAACUCGACUCUUCCAAGGCACCCCAGGUGCCCAGGGAUGAGCAAUCGCGGGAUGCUCGUCGAGAGUAA